AUCUACAUAUUACGGCGGCGCCUGUGUGCGAGACCGUCAGCUUGUCUCGUUCACACCAGUGAUUUGCAACGCGACAUUGAUGCGACCCCAAAAUGCCAUCAAGUACUCCCAGAGAUUCGUCCUCGGCCAGCGAGCGAGAUUUUCGUCAGAAGCGGAUUCUGUUAACCAAUGGCCGCAUGCCUGUCUCACUGGACCUCGCUCGACAAUUCAAGUUAGCAGGCCACAUUGUCUUCUGCAUCGACCCACACAGCACGCAUCUCUGCACCUUCACUCGAGCAAUCAGGCAAAGCGCACAGAUUCCUGCGCCCCACAAAAAUCCCCAAGGCUAUGUGCGAGCUGUCAAAGACUUGGUGGGCCGCUGGGAAAUCGACAUUAUCGUACCCAUACAUGAAGAGGUCUUCUGCUUAGCUGCAAGCGACGAGCCUGACAUAAUAAGCCGCCUGUUCGCGCCACCUCUGGAUCUGCUCGUUCGGCUGCACGAUCAAUACGAGUUCGCAAAGUACGCAAAACAGCUUGGGCUGCUAGUACCACAAAGCUUCCUGUGUGAAAGCGCAGCCGACCUGGAAGAACUUCCGCUUCACGAUUUUCCAAACGGAAUGGCACUGAGACCAUGCUUCGGGCGUUCAUAUGCAGGCAUCCGUCAUGUCAAGCCCGGCGAUCCCAUACCGAAAGACCUCGACAUCAACGAAGACAAUUGGUAUGUGGCGCAGGAAUGGUUGGAGGGUGAGAUUUAUCACAGCUACAGCGUCGUGCGGAACGGCCACGUGGAAGCCACGGGCUGCUAUCCUUCGGAGGAGACUAAUGACGGCAGCCAGAGGGAUCUCCUACAACAGAAGUUCUAUCCUGGGGUAUACGAAUACGUUCAGCAGUUUGUGGCCAACGUACCAGCCUUCAGCGGACAAAUCUCAUUCGAUUUCAUAGAAACAGCACACGGACUGCACGCCAUCAAGUGUAGCGUGCUGGCCACACCUGGGCUGCACCUGUGGUCCAAUACACCCUGGCUAGCAAAAGCUAUCACAGGAUCUCUUCCAAAGGAGGAUAUCGAGAGACCCAUCCGGCCACCAAAGAGACUGCACGGACACGAAUCACACUAUCGAGUAAUCCCCCGGCUGCUCAUGUGGAAGAAUGAAGAUGCCACAGUACGCGCAUGGCUCAAACACAUGCGCCGUUUGGUCUUCACCAAGGAUGUCAUUCGGGACUGGGGUGAUCCAAUGCCAACUAUCGCGCAGCCAUUUCUGCUGACGGCAUAUUAUCGCAUGUGUCACAACCAUGGCUUACGGCUGCCGAAGUUUAUUCAAGCGCAACUAGUCUGGGAGCCAAAAGGGCAGGAGCUGCAGGAAAUCCGAGCACUGUUCGCGAAGAAGGAUUCGGUCGUUGCUGACAGUGGAAUCGAGCUGCGUCCCAUCGCAUCCAAGUGAACGCGAUCGCUGUACAGAGAGAACCAGUCUCUAAUGUCACCGCUUGGGGGUUUAUUCGACGUGACCAGACGUUCGGCUGCAAACUGUGAGGAUGGCUGCUGGCGGGUCUACCCUUGUACAGCUCGGCUGUCACUUACAGCAGCAUCGUGCGGACACAAGCCCACUUAUUGAAUUUGCCGGAUGCGGUAGGCGCAUAAGGGCUCGAGUGCUCAAUGUGUGGUAUGGAAAGCGCAGAGCUAUUAUAGCGGUCGCCAAAACGUGGACGCGAAGUGGCUGCCAUUGCUCGACGACCAUGGCCACCAUAUGGCACGACUACUUCCCGCAUCUUGGAAGCCAUGAUCUGAAAGGAAGUUAGGCGCACUUAUCGCACCUGGGCAGCAGAAAUCCUGCAUGCGACGCACCACAGAGUCGAAAUUUCGUUUGGCCUAGUUUUGGCAACUGCUGGCUGGGAAUAAGGCUCGGUGUUCCUUGCUGAUAUCGAAAAGUCUUGGGAGGUCGUAUUGUGGCGCACUUGAGAGUAGCAUUGACCGGCGAGCCAGUUGUGGAAGGCAGCUGGCAUGUGCUGGCAGCAUGCAACGGCCGGAUAGGCGCAGGGUGGAGCUUACGUAGCUUACAUAGGCUUUGCCACCGGCAUCGCAUUCAUCUUGCCGCCUUUUCGCCCUCAGCACACACAUCGUACGCGUCGCAGCAUAUCGAAGCCGUCCUAGGGUGGUGUCG